AUGACACAAGGAACCAGCAUUGUGGGAAAUGGCACCGGAAUUGGGAAGACUCCAUUUCAGGAGACAAUGGACCAAGUGUUUCUCAUGACGAUGGCUCUGCUCAUUCAAUUGAUGCAGUGCGGCUUUGCUUUCCUUGAAGUCGGAUGCGUGAGAAGCAAAAACGUCAGCAGUAUCUUGAUGAAAACAGUUCUUGAUGCUUUCGUGGCUGGUGUUGCCUAUUGGACGGUGGGCUAUGCAUUUGCCUACGGCGAAGGGAACGAGUUUAUCGGCUGGAACCACUUCGCAACCUCCGAUCUGCCUAGUAACAAAUUUGCCUACUUCUUCUACGAAUUCGUCAUUGCGUCAACGGCGUCUACCAUAGUCUCCGGAGCUGUGGCGGAGAGAUGCGAGAUGGUUGCUUAUCUGGUCUACAGCUUUGUCAUUACUGGUUUCAUUUACCCUAUUGUGAGUCGUUGGGCAUGGUCGCCGUUCGGCUGGCUGUACAUCGGCCAGGAAUACAUGAUCGAUAAUUCUACAGUAACCAUUAAGUAUCAUGAUUUUGCUGGAAGUGGUGUUGUCCACGCUGUUGGGGGAACUGCGUCCUUUUUCGGUGCCUUAAUCCUGGGACCCCGUUUAGGCCGCUUUCAUCCUGAUAGCAAAGACCCGCUACCAAUGAGGGGCCAUUCGUUAACGUUUGCUUCCUUGGGAAUUUUGAUUCUGUUUAUUGGCUUCCUGGCUUUUAAUGGUGGAUCUCAGAUGUCUGUCUCAAACCCGGGGGAUGGGGACAUUAUCAGUUUAGCUGCAGUCAAUACGGUGUUGUCUGCUGCUACUUGUGCUUACCUCACCUUGAUUAUUCAUAAGAUUGGAAUUCUGGGUCGUAGCUGGAAUGUUAUGUUUGUUGUCAAUGGUUCCCUGUCCGGCAUGGUGGCAAUUUGCACAGGCUGUGAUUUGUUAAGACCGUGGGCUGCUAUUAUUGUUGGUGCGGUUACAGCCGUGUCUUUCAACUUUACAGCAUGGCUCAUGUGGAGAUUGAAAAUUGAUGACCCAGUCGAUGCUAUUGCUGUACACUUUGGUGGAGGAGUCUGGGGCACUCUCUCUAUUGCAUUUUUGGACUAUGAAAAUGGGAUACUCCGUAACUGGAACUAUAAAUCAGGAUUAAUACUAGGUUGGCAGUUAGCAGGCAUUCUCUCCAUAAUUGCUUGGACUGGCGUUCUAAGUAGCAUAAUGUUUGGACUCUUGAAAAUUACUGGAUUCUUCAGAGUACCAGAAGAAAUUGAAAGAAAAGGUUUGGAUGUGCCAAAGUAUGGUGGACCUGCCUACCCUCUGGAUGCUUAUGGUCAUGGCCAUGUGGAGAAGAUCCCCACUGUCUUGGAAAAUGGAGAAUUGUCUUGCUUCUCUUUAGGUUAUAUCAAUGACUCAAUGAAAGGCACAUCUGACACUGGUCCAUAUGAGUGUCCGGAAAUCAAGGCCAUGAAUAAUAUGCCAGUUAGCUUCAUUCCAGAUGUACAGCUGAUUGUCACCCCACCUGAAGAUGGCUGCUUAAACCGCAAAAAUGGCCAGAUAAAUCCUGGCUUUGUGUGUGCAUUUGAGAGAACUGCUUUGUGA